CCCGAUAUUAUAUCUGUCUGAUUCAAUUCCUUCACUACUGGCCAUGGAAGAAUUCCCGGAACUCUCUCUUGGUCUCGGUGCCGCCGCGAAUAGCAACGGCGGCGAGAAAUGAUUCGACUCCCGAUGAAGAGGAAGAUUCGACAAUUCUUUGGCGGUGGCGGCACGGACAGCAGCAGCAGCAGUAGCAGUAGUGUCGAUCUCCACCAGCCUGCCUGGAAGGAGCCCCUCCCGCUGGAUUGGGAGCAAUGCCUUGACCUUCAAUCAGGGAAAAUGUACUAUGUGAACAGGAAAACCAUGAGGAAGACAUGGGAGUGGCCUCAAAAGCAGCAGCAGCAGAAGCUCCUCCGCCCUCCUCUGGAUCUCGAUCUCAACAUCUCCACCGGUACCCGCCAUUUCCGUACAAAACAGAAUCAUUCGUCCCCGACGCCACCGGGGAACGGCGCUGCCGCCAGAGAAGGCGGAGAUAAUAUGAUUGCACUGCCGUGCUCAAAUUGCCACCUGCUGGUCAUAGUUUCUCGGGCAUCCCCUUCUUGCCCUAACUGCAAGUUCCUCCAGUACUCUAUUGCCGCCGGUAACCAGUCUCCGGCGGCUAAGCCGUUACACUCCGGCGGAUUAAGCCUCUUCCUCUGAUAAUUAAUUAUGGCCACAUAGGCACAUAUAUAUAAAUAUAUACAUAUAGAUACUUAAUUAUUAUAAAUACGUACGCCAUGCAUAUCAUGUACGUAGUAUAUAUCUUUAAUUAGUGUUUAAUUAUGUUUCCAUUAAAUUAGUUUAAACUAGCUAGCUAGCCACUGGAUAUCAUGCAUAUUACGGAGUACGCCAUGCAUAUCAUGCAUAUUACGGAGUAUUGUUAUUACUGCUCAUGUUAUUCAUAAAGUGUGCACUAUAUCCAUCGAAUAUUAGAUUAAAGUUCAAUUUGAAAGUCAAUUAAAUAAAUUAUUGAAAAUAUGGC